CAUUCAGAACUCUGAGAAUUUCCAGUGCGCGUUGAAAAAAUGGUGGAUGGUAGAAAGAGUUGUCCAUUCGGUGUUAUCGUUAAAUUUGUCACAUUUUAAAAGAUCUUAGGCAAAACGGUAUAUCGUGACUGUCGAUUUGUGAGCCGCAGAAGUGAAAAUGGGUUCGAAUAAACGUCAUAAAACUGAGAAGAACCGGGACACGAAAAAGAAGCGUCAUCGUAGCCGAUCGCGAAGUUAUACGCCUGAACGCGAAAAAUCAGAAAAGCACAGACAUCAUAAAAAGCACAGAAGAAAAGAGCGCAAGGAUUACGACAGCGAUGUUGAAAUAGUUACAGCUCCUCCUCCACCAAAAAUUUCCAAGUCUUCGCAUCCAUCGACGCCUCCGCCUCCUGAAAUUUCCAAGCAACGGAGUCCGUCGCCGAUCAAGGGUGGGACGGCGCAGACCUCUUUGUCAAUCGAGGAGACAAAUAAAUUACGAGCAAAGUUAGGUUUAAAACCUUUGGAACUGGAUAGUACUUCUAAAGAUGACCCUAACAAGAUUAAAGACGAUCUGGGAGAAUUUUACCAUAAGCCUGCUCCAGAUGUUAAUGAAAAGAUAAAGACCCAGAAGUUGAAAGAAAAAAUUGGUCUUCAGAAACAGAAAAGACAAAUUGAAGCCAGUCUAUCCAAAGUAAAAGGUUUGGCUGAAUGUGAUUCCGAUGAUGAUGCUAAGGCUUGGAUUGAUAAAAGCAGACGUCUGGAUCAGGAGAAGAAAAAGGCUGAAGAAAGGGCAAAAAUGUUGGAUCAACUGGAUGAGGAAUUUGGAAUUGGUAAUUUGGUCAAAGAAGAAAUACAUACAGCUCGUAAAACAGCUUAUACAGAAAAGAAUUUAAAAGGUCUCAAAGUAGAACAUAAUAUUGAAAAGUUUGAAGAAGGUAAAACAGUUAUUUUAACACUGAAAGAUCAAGCUGUAUUAGACGAGAGUGGAGAUGUACUCGUCAAUGUAAACAUAACGGACGAGGAACGUUACCAACGUAAUAUCUUAAAUAAAGCUAAAAAGCCGGGUUACGAUGCAUACGACGAUGAUAAUUUCGAUCAGUUUGGUUUUCCAAAGAAUUCUAUUUUGGAAAAGUACGAUGAAGAGAUCGAAGGGGAGAAAAAAGAUAAUUUCGUAUUAGGAGUUAAUAUGAAAGAUGCCAGACAAUCUAAACUCGAUCACGUUAAACAAUGUUUGGCAAAUAAACGAUUAGAAUCGUUGCACUUAGCGGAGCCAAAACUAGCUAGCGAAUAUUACAAUGACGAAGAACUCGCAACGUUUAAGAAACCAAAGAAAAAGAUUCGAAAAAUUAGAAAGAAACUAAAAGCGGACGACUUAAUUCCCGAAGGUAACGAUUAUCUUCGAGAUCUUGGAAGCAGAAGAAGCAAACGACCCGACGACGCGAAAGAAAAUGAUAAUUUAGAUGUAGAUGAUUUAGGAGCUCCUACCGAGGACCUUAGCGAAGUGAAACUGGAAGAAGAUGACAAAGAACUAGAAUUGCAAUUAGCAUUGAAGAAAGCUCAACGCUUAAAAGAAUCGCAAUUGUCGAGCAUAGAACAAGUUGUUGAAACUAUAAAACAUGAACCCACAUCUUCAGAAGAAAAUCAAUCUGGGUACAUAGUUCUUAAUGCUACCGCAGAAUUUUGCAGAACAUUGGGAGACAUACCUACUUAUGGUCUUGCUGGAAAUAGAGAAGAGAAUGGCCAGGAACUCAUGGACUUCGAAAUUGACGGUGUUAAGGAGGAACCACCGGCGAAUGAAGAAGAAGACGAUGGUCGUGGCGCAUGGAAUACAGUCCAAUUAGAUGAGAGCACGUCGGAACCCGUGGCGAUGGAAGCUGCAAUUCUAGACGCAGAGCCUUCGCUUGGACAUGGCGUUAGCGGCGCGUUAAAACUCGCAAUGAGCAAAGGCUAUUUGCAAAAAGAAGACAGUAGCCGGCCGUCUGCGUCACGAUUUGCUCACUUACAGGCUCAGAACUACUCGAUAGAAGAUAAAACAUACGGAGACGAUGACAAGUUCGGUAGAAGAGAUCGUUUUAACGGCCCAACCUCUGAAUUUAAGGAGAAAGAUGGUUUUAAACCGAACGUAAAAUUAGAAUACAUCGACGACGAUGGACACGUUCUGAGUGCGAAAGAAGCUUUUCGAUAUCUUUCUCACAAGUUCCAUGGGAAAGGUCCAGGAAAAAAUAAGGUCGAAAAACGAAUGAAGAAGGCUGAACAGGAAGUAUUAAUGAAACGGAUGUCCUCCACGGAUACACCCCUGGGUACGCUUAAUUUACUGCAGGCGAAACAAAAGGAAACUCAGUCUCCGUAUAUAGUGCUCAGUGGUAGCAAGCAAAUGCAAACGACUAGUAUAUCGAAAUCAAAGCAUUAAAGAUUAUAAAGCUAACUUUAAUGAAAAUUGUAUAUAAUAUACAGACGGAAGAAAAUCUCUUAUCAGCACAUGUUUGAAACAGAACAGUACGUUAAUCGUUCAAAAAUAAAACAAUUGCACAUGUUUUGAUUUGUUAAUCUACAUACAGGAUAAUAAAAUAACAUUCACGAGAGUUUAUAAAAGAGGUUGAUCUCUUUUACGUCCUUCAAUUUUUUUUUUUUAACGCACAUUUGCGUUGGAUAAUGCACGUGUGUAUGAAAAUCAAGCUGGAGUAAUUGGCAACUUAAGUUUUGAAAAUGCUACGUUAUUAAUAGAAAUUUGGGGAUGGUCACCUGAGAUAUGAAAUUUUCAGUACAGUUGUCAGAGAAAAUUGUGUAAAUUUCCUCGAUAUAUACAAAGUAGUACAAAUCCAUGUUCCGUUACUUCUUUUUUAUGACAAUAUCUUGUAUACUUAUUCAAAAUAUCUUAUUUUAUGGAAGUACAUUUACUGCUAUCACAAUAAAAUUAAGAGGAGAACAAACGACGGCCAUGACUACAUCUAUGCUAACAAUAGUAACACGAUCGUAAAGUCUACAAAUAUUUCAACACGACAAUUACACAUUUAUUUCCAUAUCCUUAAUCGUAAUUAGUUUUCAACAUCUAUCCGUACAAAUCACUACCCGGAAGAUAUAAAUUCGAAUACUACAAAAUAUUUUAUUGUUUUAACGAUCACUAUAUAAACAUCUGCUGAACAUUCUUCAUUUUCGUACUUUUGAUUAUUAUGAAUUGGUAUUAUUUUGAGUUGAAAAUAUGUUGUCUUGUCGAAUGAAAAUAAUUUCAUGAUAAACUGUCAAUGAAAUGUUUCAUAACAUUCACCACCGACAGUGUUGAGUAUUUUUAUAACCUAUCAGCAUCGCGAUUUUGUGUCGAGAAAUGGUAACGAUUCGUGACUAUAAGAAUGCUGAAUAACAUUACAUACAUCCCUGAUAUCACAAGGCUUUACUUUGUGCAAAAAUAGUAAUACUUGAUUCUUCGAAUCUUAUAAAGUGCACAAAAGCCUGUAAAUUAUAUUUUAUAAAUAUGCGUCUCCAAUUAUACACGAUAUAGUUACACGUUCUGUGAUAAUUAUUUAAGACUUGCCUUUGUCUACUUGCUAUUCACAAUUCUUUACUUUUGGAAAGUUUGGCACUUCUCUCAACGGUUCAGGCAAAAGUAAUAGAAAUUUUUUUUAGUUUAGAAACAAUCAUGUUGAGGCAAUGAUAUAUCUUCUUUUGUUAGGUAGGAAAUUUACGCCUUAAGAGAAAGUGGAGUCAAUUUAUUUUUUAUUUCUAGAACGGUAUUUUUGUUGACAAACAAAAAUAUCGGAUCAUUCUACGCUAAUAACAGAAAAUAUAUCAUUAAUCGAACAAACCGAGUUUAUUCUAUACUCAACGUUUAUUUCUUAAACAAA